CAGCCUUAAGGCACACGCAUUCACUCGCUCUCUCACUCUGACUCGCUUCCCAGCCACAGAGAGAGAGAGAGAUUGAGCUUCGACAAUGGGGGUUAGGGCACGGCCCAAUUUGAGCGGCGAAGCCGAAGACGACGCCGGGAGCGACACCAUUCCGCUCAUGAUUUCGAAGCUCAAGACGGCGUUUCUCCCCGCCGACUUCCAACGCGCCGAGCGGGCCUUACUCGCCAGAGAAUCCAAUCUGAGGCGAGAAAUCGAGAAGCUGAAGAAGGAAAACGCGAGGCUUCUGGAAGACAACCGAUUCCGGGAGCUGGCGAUGCUGAGAGUGGAGACUGAUUCGAAAGGUGUGAUCUUUGAGCAGAGGAGGAAGAUCAGGGAGCUGGAGACGCAGAAAUUGAAGCUCGAGGCGUUGGUUAAGAGCGAGUAUGAAGAAUGGAAGGGCCUGAUUUCGAAGCUGGAGGGAGAUGCGAAGAAAUUGAGCGGCGAAAGGGGUGUGGGUUUCAGGAGCAAUGUUGGUGUGGUGGUGAAAUUAGAGAGGGAGUUUGGUGCUAAUGAAGUUGGAGGCGUGGCGUCCAGUGCAGGGAGCUCGAUUCUCAGUGAAGGAAAUGGAGGUGUCAAAGUUUCAGGUAUUCGGAAAUCUUCAUCUGAAGAUGCUGGUUUGAUUGAUUAUGUCUAUCAGUGUGCUCCCAGGGAAAUCGAGAUGCUGUGUGAGAAUUCUGAAAUACAUAAAGGCACUGGAUCUUGGGGUUUGACUGGUGUAGAAAGGAAGCUAAGGGUUCUUAAAAGAAAACCAGCGUCAUCUUUAAGUGGUAGUGAUGAUGAAAACGGGGGUGGCAAUUUUAAGAAAGAUAAAAACUCAGACAGUGAGAUGAAGCAACUCCAGAAGUUGAGCAUUCAGCCUGAUGGUCCUCUUAUCAAGCAAUGCACAGAAAUACUUGAUUUUUCUGGUAGUAAUGACUCUGAAAAUCAAAAUUUACCAACUCAUGAGCAAGUGAGCUCAAGGCAAUCUGAAGAGAAAAUUAUGGCAGAACAGACGUCACAACCUUUUCUUAAGGCUCCUAUGGAGGUGAGUAGUGCUUUUGAUGAUGAUCCUCAUGCCGAUCUUAGUUCUAGUUGCAGUUCAAGCUCCUCUGACUCUGAAGAUGACUGUCUACUACUAUCUGCACUUGAUGAUAUUAUGCCAAAAGCCAAAGCAAGAGAGGUAAUGAUAAAUGACAUUUGUACUGCUUUUGCAAUAGCGGUUCUGCUUUCUACUUGUAAUAUUUCCCUUUUCUCUUUUAGUAUGAUUAAUUGUUAAUGCAUCUAUUAAUACUUGCAGAAUUGAAUUAGAUUAGAAAAGUAGUCUUAUGUUUUGGAUAUUUUGGAUGUUUUGGUCAUUUCAGUUGCAUUUCAUUAUGAGGUAGUGGAGAGUGCAAUAUGCAUAAUUUUUAACAGUACCAGUGCAUAACUUCUAAUAUGCAUUCUUAGUUCCUCAAACUGUUCAAUACAAGGAAAACUUUGUCACCCAUGCAUGAUAAUCCAAAUAAAGUGAAGGAGAUGGUUGGACAGGACACACUUGAACAUAUUGUAACUAUAGACAAAAUGUAUACAAUACUAUAAUAUAAUUAUAUUUGCUGUCUGGACAUUGUCCAGAUAUUUAACUAGCCUUUAUAAUGGCUUCUAUUAAUUUUCCUUUGUAAAGAAUGCA